ACAACCAUCCAUGCACCAGGGUGUAUAUGCAGAAUGAUCCAUGGUCUAGACGACUGUCAGCGGAAGAGAAAGAAAAUGUAGAACCACUUCUUCACCAAUCACACUCAUCAGAUGAAAUAAUUAUGCAUGUUAAGGAAACAUUCCACAAGGACAUAACUCUUAAUGACGUUAGAAAUCUGAAAGCUUCAGUUAAUAAAGGUAACGUUAAUGUAAAUGUAAAUUACUUCAGGUAUAUCGAGCCGUUAUGACAUUUUUGAAUUCCUUAAGUCCCGUGGGAAGUUAUUGGAGUAUUAUUCAGAUGAACCGAUAAGGAAUUCACUAAUGAGAGUCUGUUUUUCUACUUAUGAGCAAAUAGAUUUGUAUAAACAGUUUCCGGAGGUUGUUGGCAUCGAUUCUACAUAUAACGCAAAUAAAGGGAAUUGUGACGGACAAUUUUGGUCGUGGGAGACCGGUUCUAUUUGCUUGGACGCGAAAGGAAUUCAAGCGUGAUGUUGUUUGGAUUUUGGACUCGUUUCGAGGAAUAAUGGAAGACACCUCUAAAACAGAAACAUUCAUUAUGGAUUGUGCGCAAGCCGAAAUAGGAGCAGUGAAGUUAACACACAGAGAAGCGCACAUUGUUCUUUGUUCUUUUCAUGUUUGUCGUGCAUUUUGUCGUAAAACGCGGAAUCCCAUUGUUAAGAACUACUUAUGUCGCUUAAUUCAGUGUACAAGGAGAUCUGAAUUUAACUUCUAUUUCAGAGUUAUAAGCAGAUUGGAUGUUGGUGUUAGUCAGUAUUUACAACGUCGUUGGAUGAGUCGACGACACUUGUGGGCAGCAGCUUUCAGGGAACAUGUACUGACUUUGGGUAAUGAUACCAACAAUCGAGUAGAAAGUUCUCACAAGCAGAUGAAGCGGUACUUGCUUAGAUCAGAUGGUCUGCAUAAAAGCAUGCUGAAGGUUUACAAAUGGUUUCAACUAAGUAAUUCUAGAAUAGAGCAGGAGUCCAUGAUUGCUCAGUCGCGUUCCCUCAAGUAUUCAUGUUCCGAACGCAUAAUACCAAUUUUACGCCAGCUGACGCCAUACACUGCGAAGAAAGUGAUCGCUGAUUAUGCAAAGCGACGAUGGACUUCUUUUCAGUUUGAAGCUUUUGAUUAUAUCUUCUUGGAUGACAAUGGGAGACAAGUAGAGGUGGAUCUGCGUGCAUGCACAUGUACUUGUAGGACGUUCCAGACUUGUCGGUAUCCCUGUCGACACUUGCUGUUGGUGCAUUUAAGAACGGCGUUUUUCACAGGUAAAAUACCCUUUUUUGAAAUUUGUAUAUUCAUUUACACGUAAGAUAUACUAGGUUGCCACCUGAAGUAUUCCCUAUUUUAUGUCUCCAUAGUUAAUGCAUUUUAAACUACUCCUAACUGACUGAAAUUCGUAGAUACUAAAAUGUAUAUAUAUUUCAUAAGGGUUUGUCUUAACUGAAAACAGGACGUAAGCACUGUCAUUAUUUAUCCUUUAAUAUUGUGUGCAUAAUUCUAUUUCCGUUUACUGUUCCACGUUUUGUAGUUAAUCAUGUGCUGCAGAAGUGUAAACGAUGGACAUGGUCUCGCCACUCGCACGCAAUUCCAAGCACGUCAGCAAUUGUGCCGCGAAAUCAAUGUGACUUAUACGUAACCAAUAGGAGGCUUAUUAAUGCGGGCCUGACGAGAAUUUGUGACAAAUAUGGACGGACGUUUGCCGCAGAGUUCGCUGGAGAAGUAGUCGCUCAAAUCAACAAUGUUCUUGAUGUGUAAAUUAACUACUUUCGUAUUACAAU